UUCACUGGGCUCCAAGCCUCUGUCCCACCUCCCUGCCCCGGCGGGCUCUGCUGGAUUCUUCCUGCCGAGGAGGAGGGAAGGCGUGGAGGGAAUCGGUUUCCACCCACAGCCCCGGCCGGGUGACUCUCCACCGCGGGCCCUGCUCUGCCACCUGACCUCCGAGCCCCCUGCAAGUCAUCAGGCUGUAAAUCUCCCCCAUGACAAUGUCUUCCGCUAAGAUUGAGUGUGUUUUGCGGGAGAACUGGCGCUGCGGUGAGUCUCCAGUGUGGGAGGAGGCAUCCAACUCUCUGCUCUUCGUAGAUAUUCCUGCAAAAACGGUUUGCCGGUGGGAUUCGCUCAGCAAGCAAGUGCAGCAAGUGACCGUGGAUGCCCCAGUCAGCUCUGUGGCCCUUCGCCAGUCAGGAGGCUACGUCGCCACAGUUGGAACAAAGUUCUGUGCUUUGAACUGGGAAGAUCAGUCAGCAGUUGUCUUGGCCACAGUAGAUAAAGACAAGAAAAACAAUCGAUUCAAUGACGGGAAGGUGGAUCCCGCUGGGAGAUACUUUGCCGGUACCAUGGCUGAGGAAACAGCUCCAGCAGUUCUGGAGCGGCGCCAAGGGUCCCUGUACUCCCUCUUUCCCGACCACCAUGUGGAAAAGUACUUUGACCAGGUGGACAUCUCCAAUGGUUUGGAUUGGUCUCUGGACCACAAAAUCUUCUAUUACAUCGAUAGCCUGUCCUACUCCGUGGAUGCUUUUGACUAUGACCUGCAGACAGGAAAGAUCUCCAACCGCAGAAGUGUUUACAAGCUGGAGAAAGAAGAACAAAUCCCUGAUGGAAUGUGUAUUGAUGUUGAGGGGAAGCUCUGGGUGGCCUGUUACAAUGGAGGAAGAGUGAUCCGUUUGGAUCCUGAGACAGGGAAAAGACUCCGAACUGUGAAGUUGCCUGUUGUUAAAACAACCUCAUGCUGCUUCGGAGGGAAGGAUUACUCUGAAAUGUAUGUGACCAGUGCCCGGGAUGGGAUGGACCCCGAGGGUCUACUGCAGCAACCUGAAGCUGGUGGAAUUUUCAAGAUAACUGGCCUGGGGGUCAAAGGAAUUCCUCCCUAUCCCUAUGCAGGAUGAGUGACAGGCCUUCCUUCAUAGUGGAGGAGACUUCUUAGAAGACAACUAGAAAAUUCUGGUGCUGAAAUUUCAGUCUAGUUACAAAAAAAAAAUGAAGCAAUGAUAUUAAUAGGAUUAAAUUUUUAAUUACAAUUUUUAAAACAUAGAGCAUUUUUAACAAGGGGUGACAGGUGGUUUUGAUAACAUACUAUAAGGCCUUCUGCAAAAGUGCUAUAGAAAUAUAGAGGUGUUCAACCGUCAACCAGCCUCUUGAUUCUUUGCAAAUUGCUGGUGGAAUUGGGGGAGGGGGAAGGGACCAUAUUUGUUCUUUACUCUGCAUUCCAUACUUACUAUACCUAAAGCUUUAAAACACUAAUAAAUAGUAGUCUGGUAAUGA